AUGAGCGCCGCCGCCGCCUCCGCCUACGCCUCACAGUACCCGCCCUCGGUAGCCUUCGAUGCCGCCUACAGCAACUUUUUCGAGCGUUUCUACGCCACGUCGGACACGCCUGACGCCCACGAAACCUACGUCAACUUCUUCACCGAGGAUGCCACGCUAAUCAUGGCCUCCAGCAAGGCUGUGGGCCGACAAGCAAUCCUAGCCCUGCGGACGGCCAUGUGGGAAAAGGUCGAGAGCAGAGCGCACGCUCCACUCAAGAUAUUUCCCUUCGGCCCAGACGCAAGCGAGGUCAUGUUGUAUGGUUCGGUCAGGUAUGGGCUGAAGGCCGGGGGGGAGUCAUGCAAGGACUGGGCCGCCAGGGCUCACCUUGUCAAAGAUGGCCAUGGAAAAGUCAUGAUGGACUUUUACCAAGUUUAUCUGGACACUGCCACUGCAGCAUAGGAGUGCGAGUGCGAGUAGGCCGGCCUGACUGUUGAUCUCAUGUAAAUCUUUAGGCCGAUUCGGAUGCCGUCGACGUAGAGAGUAACAUCCGAUGUACCACUAUGUCGUGUCCAUAUGCUACUGUACAUGCUAGCUACCAUGAGAUUCCCGAAUGAAGCGGGUACAGGGCAUACUCCGGCUCCAGACAUGAGGCUGCAGAGAAGACCAUGCUCCAUGUGCUCAACCUGACUGGCUGAUGCUCUGCAGUACGCCAGCGACAGGUACAUUGACGUGCUUGGUUGUUGCUGUUCGGUCUUCGGCUAGCUCGGCUCGUUUUGGCAUCAUUUAGCCUGCUGAUAUUGGAGCAAAUAAAGGCUGACCCCGCCGGCCGGAAUCCGGAUGCAUAUGCAUCAGCACCUCCCCACAGGUAAUCC